AUGAGCGACACCAAACGAUGGAUCCAUGUUUUCUUGCACAAGAAGAAUAACACUUCAAAUACGGAAGCGAACUUAUUGAAACUGCGAGAGGUCAGUGACUGGUCUUGGUAUUAUGAACUCCACGAAGGUGGAUGCGUCCUUCAAAUGAAGGCCCGUAUUCCCGGUGCUAUCGACAACUCACUUGUCGACGCUGUGAACAGAGGUAUGAUCGAAGAGGCGAGAGAUAUUUGGCUAGAAGCCACGAAAGGACUAGCGCGAGGCCUUGGACCUGGCCCUGGAGAUCGUAUUUUUGAUACCAACGUGAUUGAUGGUAGACCAUUACCUGAUAGGUCCAUCUCUCCAGGUUGGGAGCCAUUUUUACGAGUUCUCUUCGGCGACGCCUCAGUUGGGAGCAAGUCUUCCAUGUUCAUCAAAGAGAUCACGACGUCGUUUCUUCGCCUGACCCUUGUGGAAGACCAGUUACCGGAGGAGUAUACCAAAAGCGAGGAGGUAUUUGCAAUCAAAGCGCUUGGAUACUUUGCAGCAAUAGCGCGGUCGCGACGGUUUGCACGAACAGACAUGGGGUUAGCUGCCUAUGUGCCUAUGAGGGCAAGGAGAGGAGACCUGGUAGUGGUUCUGUAUGGGUCUAAAGUGCCGUUCGUGGUUAGGGAGAAGGGUGAUGGUAGAUAUUGCUUGGUAGGGGAGUGCUAUAUGGACGGGAUCAUGCGUGGUGAGGGAAUUAGGUUUGCAGAAUACGAGAAUAGAGAUAUAGAAUUGACAUUAGUGUAG